AAUAAAAAAGAUAAAAACAUUAAUUGUGUUAAUCAAUUUUAUUUAAAAUUGAAAAAAAUAAUUUUUACGAAAAUUCUUAAAUCAUGUCCAUUACUAUUAGGUCAAUGAUUGACAUUCUCGUCAAUUCUAGUCAUUUGUAAACACACAGUUCGAGUCAAAAAUGAGUGAAUGUUCAAAAGCAGGAAAUGUGGAUCAAGUUGAAAACGAAGAACCAGAACUCUCAUCUGAAAUUGAAAAUCCUACGGAUACGAAGGAAGAAACCACGCAUGAUGUAUCUGAAGAAAUGUUAGAUGAAGGAACAACUCAAAGUGAUACUUUACCUAGAUUGGUAAUUCCUAGUUUCGUGGCGCAUAACUCGCGUUUUGGAAUUUCCGAUUUCGUGGUAAAAUUAUGUAUGGAAGAAAAACAUAAAUGGCUUUGUGCGAUCCCAAUCGAAUUUAUUAUAAAUGGUGCAAAUACACGCGGAUUUCACAGUCACCCGAUGUUCGAAGAAGCAAUGUUGGUGUUAAAAGGUGACCUAGUCAUAACUCGUAUCAGUAAAAGUCAAGAACCAAUUGUAAAAGCAGCUCGAGGUCUGUAUUAUCUCAUUCACGCCCGUUACAUUUUAACAGACCAAGGUUUAGCGUACAUUUUAAAGAAAUACCACAACCACGAAUUCGGGUGUUGCCCCCGGUACUUUUGUUACAACCAACCUGUCAUCCCCUUCGGAUUUUCGCCGGAUCUUGAACGCGAUACCAUACAAAUUUUCUGCGGAAAAUGUUCUGAAAUAUAUUCACCGAGUAAUACAGUUAACCACAUUGAUGGGGCAGCAUUCGGACCUCUAUUACCAGAAAUGUUUUACCUACAAUUUCCUCAUUUACGACCUCAAUUAUCCACAAAAAAAUUUCAACCCAAGUUGUAUGGAUUUAAAAUACACUCAUCAUGUUAUCAACAAGAAACUGAUACCGAUGAUGAAGAUUCUGAUGAUGCCGAAAAAUUUAAAAUACAACAAUUUAGUAAAAGAGUGCAAUAAAAGUUUAAAUCAAAUUAAAUUGUAAUUAUGUAUUAAUAAAGCAUUUGUUUGAUGAGGAAUAAUUCUGCAUUUUAUUUUCAUAAAUCUCUUUAAUUUCUUUUUAACAUUUUGGUUCAGUUCUGAAUCCACCCUCAACCGCCCCAAGUUAUGUUUGUGGCAUAAAAAAUGUUCGCCCUAAGUAUUGUUCAUAAUAUUAUAAUUUAUAGUUUUAUAAACUCCAACAGUAGUUGACAUAUCUGUUGUGACAACUAAAAUCAAACACACUGACACAUAUAUAUAUAGUCAUAAUUUGAGUAUUUGGUAUCUUGAAAUUUUUUAAUUCUGAAUAAUUGAUGGGACAAAAUUCUUCAAAUAUGCAUAUGAGGAAAUAGAGUCACAUGAUGGUAUUUUCGUGCGUUGGCAAGAAUUCCAAUAAUGUCAGAUAUCAAUUAUAAUAAAAUUCUAAUCAAGUUAAAAAAACUUCCAAGAUUUGGUACAAAUAACAAUUCUCACUGGAUCUUAAUAAAUAGGAGACAUUCCUAUAUACUUAAUAAACAAAUAAAGGAUUGCUUCUAAAGAAUGCAGUUUAUAAAACAACUAAGCAUUAUCUUCUUAAUAUCAUAUUUCCCAAAUAAGGAUUAAGCUGCAUAUCGAAGAACAAUAAACUUGAACCAUUUGUUAAAUACCCAACUCCAUUUCCUUUAAAACUUAGAAUAAGAUUAAAAAAAAACCUUAAAAGCAACAAGUGUAAAUACAUCAAUCACCUGGAAUGGAUUGUAAAGAUGAUUAAAAGAUAUGUAUCUACAAUAGAAUGAAGCAAGAGGAUCCAGAACAAAAUUGCUUCUUUGAAGAAAACCUUUGAGUAUGAAAUCUCUAUAUUAAUAAGCACAAUGCAUCUAAAAAAAGAAUGAAUUAUAUUAAAGAAAAACCCACAAAAUGAAUUUUAUGCUUGAAGAAUCACUUGACGUCCUUUGCACAACAUACAUAUAAACAGUAUUUUUGUUCUUCAAGAAAUCUUCUUUCCAUUAUAUGUAUAGUAAUAUCCAUUAUAUAGAUGAUAUCUAAAUUGAUUAGUUAUUAAGAUCUGUGCAAAAUCAAUUGUGUUAGGUGUGAGAUAAAUGAAUAUAACAGUUUAGUAUUAAACGAACAAAGUCUA